GCGCAGUCGAAAGGGCCUCUUCGUUAAACACCAAGCGACAGGAGAAAGGUAAACAUUCCCUCCCACCACAACUCAUCGUCAGACAACUGACUUUAGUCUACCGAAACAGUAACUCGACACUCGACCGAUUGACGAGUAAAGAGUCGCCAUGGGUAGAGUUAUUCGCAACCAGAGAAAGGGCCGUGGCUCCAUCUUCACGGCCAUCACCCGUCUCAACAAGGCUCCUGCCAAGUUCCGCAACCUCGACUACGCCGAGCGCCAUGGAUACGUCAAGGGUGUUGUGAAGGACAUCAUUCACGAUGCCGGCCGAGGUGCUCCUCUCGCCCGCGUUUCCUUCCGCCACCCCUACCAGUACAAGCACGUUACCGAGACCUUCAUCGCCAAUGAGGGCAUGUACACUGGCCAGUUCAUCUACGCCGGAAAGAAGGCUGCCCUUACCGUCGGUAACAUCCUUCCCGUCGGUGAGAUGCCCGAGGGUACCGUUGUCUCCAACGUCGAGGAGAGAAUCGGUGACCGCGGCACUCUCGGCCGUACCUCUGGUGGCUACAUUACCAUCAUUGGCCACAACCCCGAUGAGGGCAAGACCCGUAUUAAGCUUCCUUCCGGCUCCAAGAAGGUCAUCCACUCCCGCUCCCGUGGUAUGAUUGGUAUCGUCGCCGGUGGUGGCCGUACCGACAAGCCCCUCAUGAAGGCUUCUCGUGCCAAGCACAAGUUCGCUGUCAAGCGUAACAGCUGGCCCAAGACCCGUGGUGUUGCCAUGAACCCCGUCGACCAUCCUCACGGUGGUGGUAACCACCAGCAUAUCGGUAAGGCCUCUACCAUCUCCAGAUACGCUGUCCAGGGUCAGAAGGCUGGUCUUAUUGCUGCGAGAAGAACGGGUCUGUUGCGUGGUACUCAGAAGACAAAGGAGUAAGACGGCUAUAUUUCAUGGUCUCAUUGGGAUGGUGUUACAGUGGCUUUGCUUACAACUGUUAAAUGGUACUGCUGAGGAAAAAAAAGUAUGGUAGAACCGAAGGCACGUACUAUGGAUGACAUUUUCAGCGCAGUUUAUAUCCCAAUGUUGGAUAGUGCACAUUUGUGAUCUGUGGACGUAUGUAAUGAAAGACACCUAUUAAAAACUUGAUAAACGAGGGGUUUCCUUUUUCUCCAACCUUGAGCCCAAAUUGGGUGCUGCCGUCGUAAGUUCCGACAAAACAAUUGCCCGAGCAGCCUCACAUCGGCCUUAAUAUUCUUUUACUAUGUUUGUCCACAGUGAAACCCGUUUCCUUUUCCGCAUUGCCG